AUGACCCGUGAGGAGAUAUCUACGGCACCUACGGCAAGCCCGCGCACGAAAGCUGGUAUGUGCCCCUCUACUCCAAACCCAGAAAUACCAAUCUCUAAUCAAACAACAGUCAAAACCUCUCGUUACCGCGCAAAUUCUACCACCACUACCUGCGCCGCGCCAAUCCAAAUCCCCUAUACACCCCGCGAUCCCCGUGACGGCCUGGCCCCCUACAUAAUAUCGCCAUCCGCCCACCCGCCCUCCAUAGUCCUGAAGGAAACCCCAACAUCCGUAUUCAUCCGGGAUGCGUUUCCAAAAGCGCUCGUGCACGCGCUGCUCCUACCGCGAGAUCCCGAAAAGACAAUGCUGCAUCCGUUUGAGGCAUUCAAGGAUGAGGGAUUCCUGGCGCAGGUUCGGGCUGACGCGGAGGAGUUGAAGGGGCUGGUGGCGAGGGAAUUGAGGAGGAAAAUUUGCGGACGCGGCACGGUGGCUGGGGGUGGAGGGGUGAAUUGGGGGGCAGAGGUUAGGGUUGGGGUUCAUGCGGGGCCGAGCAUGAAUCAUUUACAUGUGCAUGUCAUCUCGCGCGAGGGGUUCUCGGACAGGGUGAAGAAAAGGGUGCAUUAUAGUGCGCUUCUCCCACAUCCAGAUCCUAGUAUGAUUUGGUCGGGAGUUGUAAGGCUAAUUAUUGGAGGGCAGAUUCGUUCAAUACGGCGUUCUUCGUGCCGCUCGAUGAAUUGCCGCUGCGCGGGGAUGAUCCCAGGUGGGAACACCAUGAGCGGGCAAGAUUGCUGAAGAUGGACUAUACAUGUUGGAGGUGUGGGCGUGGGUUUAAGAAUUCGUUCGUUGGAAUAAAGCAGCAUAUUGCGGAGGAAUUCGUAGAGUGGAAGAAGGCUUUGCUCGAGGCAGAAGGAGGUGGAGAUAGGGGAGCUGCAAGUAGUCAGUUUGACGCGUCCUCUAGCAGUGUUUAACUGAGGCUGUACUACCGUAAACUAUUUAUACAUUAGAUCCGCUCAGGUGCGUUACUAAUAUCUUCCUCCCAGGUAAAACAGCCUCUCAGAUCCCAUGCUAGAGGCUCUCAUCAUCGUCGAUUUCAUCGACCUCCUCUUCGUCCCCCAUAAAUGGCGUCAUUCCGAGAUCCCUCACCAAGCUUUCUAUGCCUAACUGCCUCCACAAAUUAGCUCGAGAAUGGAGCAUCUUUCUCCUGUACACGACAUCCACUGGCUCCUCAUCUGCCUCAUCGUCCUCAUCCUGCUCUGCUUCCUUCUUCUUUCUCUCCUUGAUCCUCUUCUUCGCCUCGAAUGCUAAGUGAAACCAAUUACUCAAUGCCCGGACCCGACGCCAGUUGUGUUCUUCAUUCUCUCCCACAUGUAAUAAUAAGCUAUCUGCCGAGAAAUCCAAAACUCGGACUUUCCUCUGCGCGGACUUUUCCCGCUCUUCGUUCUCCUCUGCAACCGCUAACACUUGGUUUAUAGACCGCCAAUUUUCAAAGUGUAGGUGUUCAUCUGUGUACCCCGUGCUCCCAUCUACGUGCCCUAGUUUUGUGGUACCCAAACUAGCAAGCGCCCUGUAAUAGGAUUCCAAUUCUUCCCUUGGAACAUGGGGGGGCGUUGAGCCGGCUGGAAGCUUGGAGGGAAUGGUGGAGAAAUCAGGCUCGGCUGCAAAUUCAUAGGGCUCCCCGUAAUUGUGUAAGGCCGCAAGGAAUUUUUCCGACGCCUUUUGAAUAUCUUCUCGCAUCUCCUCCAGCGAGACUUUCGAAUUGUCGGUAAGUGGACAGGUGAAUCUGAUAGCAUGCUGGGGGGGCGUUUUUCCCGAAGGGUUUGAGAAUGCAUUAUCCGCCGCUUCGAGGAUAUCCGAAGAGGUCAUUUUUGAAUCUAGGAGCUUCAUAGUAUCUCGCCGUCUGAGCCCGCAUCGAGUAAGGGAGCGUGCGAGGUGUUUCUUGUUUGUAGGAUGUGGGGACCUUUCCUGUAAAGAUUUCCAGGUUUUCACUACCAUGCUUAUAUCGCCUAUCAUGCUGUAGGAAAACCCGAUGGCUAUCAAGUGAUUUCUGGUAAACUCUAUUUUCAUACGCCGCAUGAUUUCUAAGACCGCUUCUAACAUGUCCCUUCUUCUUAUGUCGCCGGCAACAUAUAUGAGUGGCGUCCAUUUGGCGGGACGAAACAUGAAACCCCGGCUCUGUGCUACCGCCGUCAUCCUGUUUAUCUGCUGAUAGAUGAACUUGUACCCAUCCUGGUAUCGCUUUCCCGGGGUUACAAGAGGGCCGUCGCAUACGGAUGACAUGAUGGAGACCAAUAAUCUCAAAAUCAAACUACCAGUGAUUUCUCCCUUGGCGCCAACGUAUGCCGUUGCGACGGUGAACAUAGACCGCACAUCCCGGUAGUUAAUCCAUAUGCCAUGGAGAAUAAUUCCGAUCAGCCCAGGCGAUGGUGGCAUACCCACCCGACAGCUGAUAGUGGUUAUGAUGGCUGCCUCAUUCGGGGGACGUUCAAAUAUCAACAGCUCCUCAAUGUACUUUCUGGAUGUAGAUUGCGGGUGCAAUCUCAGGUAAUGGUCGUAUAGCU